CCCUUUCAUUCUCAUUCACACCAUUCAAAAUUGCAACCGUUACAAACAACAAGCUUUCCCCAAAGCGAAUAUUGAACUACCCGUGAGCAACUUGGCUCACGAUGACUCAUUUGCAGAACUGCAGUCCUAGAUACAAACAAUCCUAUGCUAAAUUGGCCCAGCCGCGGUAAAGAAAAUACACAAUAAUAUGAUUGAGCGUAGUGGAAGGGGGCUUACAAUAUCCUGGCCCAUUAUACCCUUUGGCCCACAAAGACAUCCUCUUUGCUGGCCGUUUGAGAUAGAAUAACAACCAAUUACAAGAAGCCAUCAGCUUCUUUCCCUUUCCUUAUCUAUAGAGAACCAUAGCACUGCCCUUUGCACAGAGUCACACAGACAUAUUCCCAAGACUCAGAAACCUGAAGCCAAAAAUACUAAAAAAUAGAAAUGUUACACAACUCCAGAAUCUUCCAAUCCACCAUUAACCUCCAUCAUCAUCAUCAUCAUCAUCAUCAUCGUCAUGCUCCGACGCCACUGCCGCCAAUUACACACAGUUCUCCUGUCACUCCAUCACUACCCCUUCUCAGAGAAUCCCCAAAACAGUUCUCACGCAGAGAGCUCGCAGUUUUCAGCAAUGCAUCGUUGCUGCUUCUGCUGGGACGUAAAGCGAGAGCUGAAGAUAGCAUCAAAGAAGGCAGUGGUGGUGAACAAUUGUGCAGCAGCAGUAGUCAAGAGCCUACAUCACGGGCAUUUCUUGAUAUAUCCAUUGAUGGGAAGCCAGCAGGACGAGUAGUCAUUGGUCUGUACGAUGAUGUUGUCCCAGUUGGAGCUUCCAGGUUUAGUAAACUAGUGAGUGGGAAAGCUGGCAUCACCUACAGAAGGAAAGAAUUCAUCAAAAUCACAUCAAACUAUGUGCAACACGGUGGAGUGAGAUCCUAUGGCGUGGAUGCUGAUCUGGCUAGGAGCACGACAGGGGGCGAUUUGGCGGCUGAAACCUUGGUGGAUGAAUGGCAGGCACAGAAUGAGAGGUGCACUGUUGGAACCAAGAACUUGGCAGGGAGUGUAGGGAUUAUUGUUAGGAAUCCGUUAAAGCCACCACCGAAGCUGAAGUUGGUGGCAAAGAAAGGGAAGCUGGAGAUUGACGAGGAAGAGGUUGGGAGUGAUCCGAAUGGUACAGAGUUUGUGAUCGCAACUAAGGAUUCGCCUGAGCUUGAUGCUGCAGCUUUGGUGAUUGGGAGAGUGUUGGAAGGGAUGGAGGUUGUCGAGAAGAUUGGACAAGUGAAGACGGUGCAGGACAAUACUACCUCUCCUUACUUCAGAGUGGCAAAGCUUAUAGGCGACAAGAGGGCUGUGGUUGCAGAAAGAGGUUUCAAUAGGCCAUAUUCAAAGGUGAUCGUCACAAACUGUGGUUUGAUGGAAUGAAGAAAGUUCUUCGGGUU